AUGGAGGUGAGGGCGAGACGACUAGGUCCCCGUCUCAUCGUCAUUAAUGUGCCCAGUGCCGAAGGUACAAAAGCAGUACUAAUGAACUGUCGACAGUCUUGUCAUUCUUGUUAUCUAAGCUGUAUCGAACUAUUGGUCCAUGACAGGCUGUUUAUGUGUAGUUCCCUAAGACUGCUUGACUUGACACUUGUGAAUGUUAGUUCACAGCGUUUCUCGCAAGUCAAGUGGUUUGGCUUCGUCUUGCAUGGUUCGACAUUUCCUGAUACACUCGUUCGGACUGUGUAUCGGUGGUCCGGGUUCGGCUUAACCGAACCACUUUUGUUCGGAGAUAAUCAAUCCAUUGUAGACCAAUUGGUUGCUAAUUAUGUCAAAUGGUAUGAUCCUGACGACUCAAUUCUCGAACAUGUUGGACUAGAAGGAGUCCCCAAUGUAGUCGACAAACCUCCUGAUCUGGCUCUCCGUGGCCAAUCCAACACGCUUCUUGAACUCCUUCUCUCUAAAAGUAAUACCCCUUAUCCCAAGGUUGUUGACGGGCCUACCACAAGAUCUGAAACUCCUGUUGAAGGUGAAGCAGUAUUGGAGUUUGAAUCUAGCAUUGACUCCCACGCACAACCCAAGUCUGGCGUUCCCGCUGUAAUCUCGUCGUCUCCCUCCGACAAAAGAAAAAAAAGGACGAUCGUUCUAAAGGGAUCUUUCUUUGUCGAGCUUCCCUUCUCUUUUCUGAAUGUCACUGAAUUAGUUCUUCAAUGGUUCACCGAACUCACCAACUUUGAUUUCACCUUGUUAAAAAUGCUCGAAGGAGAUGGUGUGGAUGCGAGCUUUUUGAAUAAACAAUUGGAGGGGAUGGAUUCUUCUAACAUUAGAUUCGACGAUUAG